ACGGAGGUCCGGGUGAGACCAACGCACCCUUUCUUCUAUUUAAGACGCAGACGUAACGAUGCACUUUAUCCACUGCAGAAACUACGCACUGACUCCAUCACGCGCACGAACGUCUGCAAGAGAGACCGUAGCGAGUUAUCCAUAUUAGAAAGAGCAAAUGACCAUCGUUGUCUCUACGCAGGCUUAGGUGACAAAAGACAAUGCAUUACGACGAUCUUCUUGUGAUACUUGGAGAGUUUGGGUCCUACCAGAAACGCCAGUACCUUUUAAUUUGCCUGGUUACGAUAUCGACUACCCUGCAGACGUUAAGCAUCGUUUUCUACGGCGCCGUACCGGAACAUCACUGCAAGGUACCAGACGCUUACGUUGACUACCUGAACCUGAACUAUGGCAAUGUGACACAGGACGAAUUGUUAAACCUUACAAUACCGUGGAUACAAGACGAUGAUGGGACACUUCACCGAAGUAGUUGCAACAUAUAUGACUACGAGAAGUGGACUGAAAAUCUAGAAGUCGGAAGUGGUGCUCACUUUGUUAAUAAUGCUACUAAGGAUGAAAGUAAUAUAACUCCAGGAUUGGUGAAGGGAAAUAUGAGUGAAGUAGCCUGUCCCGAAGGACGAGUGUACAGCCAAGAGGUAUUCACAGCAACCAUUGUGUCUGAUUUUGACUUAACAUGUGAGAAUAAAGUGUUUCUAAGCACGUGCAAGUCGAUAUUCUUCGUGGGAAAACUUGCCGGUGCCAUUCUCUCUGGGAUCAUAUCUGACAGGUUUGGGAGGAGGCCUACUUUCCUGUUCUCUGUCUGUCUUCAAACCUUGUCCGGGACCUUGGUUAUGUUGUCCCCGAACAUCUUCGUAUACACGGUCAUUUAUGGCAUUCAAGGGAUCUUUGAGGGAUCUGUAUUUUUGACAUCUUACACAAUAGGAAUGGAAUUUGUUGGCAAAAGUAAAAGAAAACUAGCAGGAUUUGGCAAUAUGGCAACUUUUAGCAUGGGAUACUGCGUACUCUCCCUGUACGCAUAUUUUGUGCGGGAUUGGCGAAACCUUGCCCUGACGGUUAGCCUCCCUGGUUUACUGUACUGUCUAUAUUACUUUUUUUUCCCGGAAUCGGUUCGCUGGCUCUUGGCGCAUGGUAGAAACCAAGAAGCAGAAGUUAUCAUCAACAAAGUGGCCAAAGUGAACAAAGUAGAACUUGAGCAGGGAAUCUUGGAGAAAUUAUUUGAGGAAAAGUCGGAAAUGCAGACCACACUUCACACGCCAAUAGACAUGUUUCGGACUUGGGAUAGGGCAAAGAUCACGUUGAACAUCAGCUUUAAUUGGGUUGUCAAUUCAAUAGUGUACUACGGCAUUGCCUUAAACACCCAAGGCCUAGGCGGGAAUAUCUAUCUCAAUUUUGCCCUACUAGGACUCGCUGAACUUCCGGGUUUUGCUUUUGCUUUGUUGCUAUUGGACAGAAUAGGGCGCCGCAAGAUGUCACUACUGUUGCUGACUAUUGCUGGGUGUGGAUGCAUUGUGUCUGGAGUUCUACCUGCAGAUCUUGAAUGGCUCAGUAUUACCUUUGCCUUAAUCGGUAAGGUGGGUAUAGGAGCAAGCUUUGCCGUCAUCUACCUCAUCACGGCCGAGACCUUCCCCACUGUCAUGAGAAACCUCAGUCUUGGCUUUUCCUCGGCAAUGUCACGUGUUGGGGGUAUAUUUGCUCCCCAAAUUCUCUUACUCAGCAGCGUCUGGGGUCCGCUUCCCUUCGUCAUCUUCGGGGCAGCGUCCAUCCUCGCUGGUUUGCUUAUCAUGUUGAUACCAGAAACUCUGAACCGACCACUUUGCCAAACCGUGGAGGACUUUGACGAUUGGAUCAGCGGGAGCACAACUCAUAAUGACGACACUGGAAAGAAAAUUGACGGCGUUUCUAUCGCAGAGAAAGAAGUAUGAAUGGACUAUAAGAUGUCAAGAGAGAAAGAGAGAGUGAGGAAGCUUUUCAAGGGACGUGCGCCAAAGACACCAAGAUUGUGUUUAUGGGGACUUUAUGAACAUUAAUCAAGGAUCUCUAACACGAUUUUACUUGUAUCCAAGCAAACGCGCACACGCAUCCAUGACUAGACAAGCAGUAAUUUUUUGUUCGAUCUUAUAUAUAAUGAAUUAACUGUUGUCCAGAUUGUUUAUAUCAGCAUAUCCAUGAUCCCAUUCCCUCCUGCUUAAGCGCUACAGAACUAAGUAGAUAC